GUCUAUUGAGAGACAGGAAAUGGAAUUCCUUAAUUGGAAUCACUAGGUACAUAUUAUAGCCAUCCCUUGUUUGUGUGGUACAACAAAACUUGCUGUUCACUGACUAUCGCUGCAUCUUACGGAGCGUGCAUAUCUUGAAGUGUAUUCGGUAUUGAGAUUCCCGCUAUCAACAGGACAGGAUGGCACUUCUCGAUUACCCUAUUCCAGCGCUAGAUGUCACCUUACAAGAGGCAAGCCGUGUGCUCCAGCUCACCCUGAGCCCCGAGCUAUACCUUCAAUUCAAAAACACCCUUAGCCAACAGAGGGAGGUCCUGCAGGAGGCCCAAAACGGCUUAGCGGCUGCCGCCUCUGGCCGAGAGAACUGGGUGACAGAGCAAUUCAAGAGCCGGCUGCUCUCAUGCACUGACCCACUGCCCACCUCGACAGCCAUCCCCGCUGUCCUGCCCCCCUCCAGAGCCAAGAAGGAGUGUGCCCAACUUGAGAGGGCUGCCGCUCUGCUCUGGGCUGUGGCCAAGAUGUAUAGUGAGCCUUCGCUGGUAGAGGGCGAGGGGCAAACUGAGCGCACACAGCAAUCAGAGGUGUUUGCUGCCAGCCGCAUUCCUGGGCAGACCCAAGAUGAGAUUAAAGUAUACCCAGACUGCCUCCAUGCCAUCGUAAUCUGUGCUGGAGAGGUAUUUUCAGUCAACAUACUGCAGCUUCUCAGCCCAGGCGGGCCUAUGUCCCCUUUACCGUUCCCUGACAUCUACAGCCAAGUGGCUCAUGUGAUGAGCCAACAAAGAGCUGCCAAGAACAAUGAGCCCUCUGCCAUCUGCGGCCUCUCUGCCCUGCAGCGGCAAGCCUGGAGUGCAGUGAGGGAGGAGAUCCUUAGAGCAGCUGGGGCAGCGGCCGCCUCACUGGGGUUGAUGGAGAGUGCUGUGGUGGCUCUCUCCCUGGAAGACUGCAAUCCACCAGCUGAUCUGGCAGACACCCUCAACGCUGUCAGACUGGGAGGAGGAGAUGGGCCCUGUCUGAGAUACUAUGACAAGGUGGUGAACCUGGUGGUAUUCAAAGACAGCACAGCAGGGAUGGUGUUCGAGCACAGUGCACUGGAUGGAAUGGUGGCUGGGUUAGUGGCUGAUACUGUGUGGUAUCUCUCUGAGUCUCUUAAUGUGGACCUAGUUCAGGCCAACACAGGAAGCAAUGGGUCAACCUAUCUUAACAAGGCUGAUUCCUCCUCCCCAAGCCCCCUAGCAUUCCCACUACAGGGUAUAACUAAAACAGACCCCCCAAAGUCCUCCCCUAAAGCAAUUAAUCCCAUAAUCACGUUUGAGGUUCCCUCUUACCCAGAUGUCUUUGCUACCCUCCGGGGUCACAGGGGCCUGUACGAUGCCUGGAUCAACUUUUCCUUGCAGCUCUCCCUAAGGCAGACUCUUGGGGAAUCUGCUGCCAGCCACAUUCUUGUAACCCCUACCCAUAUGCGUCACUACAAGCAUGGCCGCUGCGAUCCGACAUACUCCCUCACCAUGCAAUCCUGCCAGCUCAUUAGUGCUUUGGAAUCCUGCAUCGGACCAGAUAACAAUCCUCGAUACACGAAGGAACUGCUCCGUCAGUUCCAUGUGGCUUUCCUGGAGCACAAGAACCUGAUCAAAGCCACUAAAAGUGGACAUGGUGUGGGCCCUCACCUCGCAGCCCUACGCUGGUCCAUGUCUCCAGACAACCCUCUCAAGAAGUUUCUUGACCCCUUUGCGUGCCCCUCCGUUUACCUUACUGGCAAGGAUUUAAUGGAGGGAGUGGAGCUUGCUGUAGGGAAUGUGUACGCUAAAGACCAACUGGCUGUAACCUACUUGGGGAGGAGAGACCGGGUCCGUAUGGUGCUCAAUGGGAAAGGCACAUUUGCCACAGUGUUGGAGAAGCUUCAAGAUAGCCUGAAAGUAAACCUGAAGCUGGUGAUGCUUCUCGCUGUCAGAUAUGCCGUAGCCGGACAAAUGGGAGCAAUGGAGUGUCUGCUGCAAGAAGGACAAGUAGGAAGAAGGAAUGGAUCCACCCAAGGAGAAAUUCGCAAAAGUAUCAGUCCAGCAGGCCAAAAACAAGGCAAGACAAUGUCCAAGUCAACACUUCCCUCUGACUCUGCCUCCAACAUGAGUCCAGACUUUACUCUGGUGAUCCAUGGUGGAGCUGGGGAGGAGAUGAUGCUAAAUACAAAGGUGGUAGACGUCAUUGAAUUUGCUCUGCAGACAGCCCUGACCCUCGGAGCACAAGUGCUACAACAAGGAGGCAGUAGUCUUGACGCAGUGCAACAGAGUGUGCAAGCUCUUGAGGACUGUUUUCUGUUCAACGCCGGGAAGGGAUCGGUUUUCAACAAAGAUGGGAAAAAUGAGAUGGAGGCGACCAUAGUAGAUGGAAAUGGGAUGAACUCUGGGUCCGUGGCUUGUGUGCAGAGUGUGAAGAACCCAGUGAAAGCAGCAAGACAGGUCAUGGAGAAGAGUGCACACUCACUCUUAGUAGGGGAAGGUGCAGAAGAGUUUUUGCAAGGCUUAGAAGAGAGUGAGAAGCCUAUGAAGGCGGAGUACUUCCAAACUGAUGUCCGUCGCAGAGAGCUGAUAGCAAAACUCAGUGCUGGCAAUGCCUCCAAGAACAACCACCCACAGACAGUGGGAGCUGUUGCUUUGGAUCGAUGGUGUAGGUUAGCUGCUGCAACGUCCACAGGUGGGUUGGUGGGAAAAUGGAAGGGUCGAGUUGGGGACACAGCAGUAGUGGGAGCAGGUAUAUUUGCUGAUGACAAGCUUGCAGUAACCUGCUCUGGUGAUGGAGAUGUGUUUCUAAGGCACACAGUUGCACAAAAAGUAGCCAGUCUCUACCAUCAUAAAGGCUACAGCCUUAGGGCAGCAUGUCGAGAAGUCAUGACUGAGAACUUGAAGGGCAGCUGUGCUGGAAUCAUUGCUGUAGACGCCAAAGGCGAUGCUGUUGUUGAAACCAAUGCUGGGGUGUUGUUUGUAGCAUCCAUGGUUGGUGGCAUCGCACGUGUCGAAGUCCUGAGACCCAUGAAGAGUUAUUCCAAUGUGAUCUGGGAGACUGACAAACUAGUUGCUCACCUACACUCAAACCCUUGGACACCAGGUGCCACCAUCCUUACCCAAAAGACUCUGAGUGGACCGAGCAGCAUCUUUCAGUUGGCUGUACCAGAUUUCUUAGAACUGUUACAAGGAGCACGGGCUGUUUCAAACCUGCUAUGCGAACGACUGGGGGUACAGCGUUGCGCCCUAGUAUUUAACCCACAUCCCGAGACCCCGGCCCAUAUCCGAGUGCUACCACUUCAUGGCCUGGAAACCAACUGGUGCCCCCAUCUGACCGGGGAGGAGGAAUUUCAGCCCUAUGACCCAGGUUACUGCAGCUCAAAGAGUGGCCCACGCUGGGAAGAUGCAGAUCUAGACCAGGUUCAGGCCAAGAUUCGGGACAAGCUGCCAACGCCUAAUGCACCAUCGUGUUAUGACUUCUUAGGAAAUCCCUCCCACAAUGGACUGUUCUGCCGUAUCGUCCGUGGGGAGGAGCAACAGUGGCGGGUAUGGGAGGACAGUGAUCAUGUGGCUUUCCUCACUCCCUACCCUAAUACACCUGGACUCACAGUUCUAGUGCCACGUAAACCACUGUCAAGCAACAUUUUCUGUCUGGAAGAGACUGAUUACACAUCACUGAUCCUGGCCACUCGUAAGGUAGCUGGACUGCUGGAGGAAGGAAUGCAUGCUCGAGGUGUUGCACUCAUCUUUGAGGGCUUUGAGAUUGAUUAUGCCCAUGUCAAGCUGAUACCUCUGGUCCCUCCACGUGGUGACAAGCCUGCUGAGGUGUUCCCAGAGUACUUCCAAAGCUACCCUGGGUAUGUCUCAUCUGCCGAUGGCCCUCCCGCCAGCCCUGAAUCUCUAAAGGAAAUCCACACCAAAAUCACACUUUGCAGGCCUCCUCGUUCCUGGGAGGACCCACAGAGCCACUCCAUGUUAGCCAUCAAGAGCCAGUGGUACCGCAAUCUCUUUCAGAUUCAAAAUACUCUCUUCCACAGCACAGUGGAGUACUUCAACAACACCUGUCAGUACGCGUACGCCCUGACUCCUCUCACCACUGACACAAUCUCCUCUCCGAUGGGCCUGGGAUCAGACUCCGAGCCCGUUUACGUCAAUUUGCUGGGGCAGGAUGUGUACUUGGCUGACUCCAUGCAAUUUGUGCUGGAGUAUUUCUUGCGAUUCCAAGAUAACUUGUCGGGGGCAUACUAUAUAUCGCCAAGUUUUCGGGGAGAAGAUCCAGAUGCCACACAUCUUAACCAGUUCUACCAUGUUGAGUGUGAGCUCCUGGGCGACAUGGAUACUGCCAUGCACAUAGCUGAGGGAUACGUGGCUCAUCUCACCAAUGCAAUGCUGAAAAAACACUCCAACAUCAUCCUGAACUCUGCUGGGACCCUUUCACAUGUCCAGGACUUACUGGUGAAGUUGGAAGGAGGAACCGCUCUCCCAAGAGUCACUCUGGACAAGGCCAUCCCUAUGAUGCCCUCGCCAGACUGCUUGGAGUGGGUACAGGAUGACCAGCCUCAGUUUGGCAGGAAGUUAACCCGCAAAGGAGAAAAGGUUUUGAUUGAGAAGUACGGAGGCGCUGUUUGGCUGACAGAGAUGGACCACCUGGGAGUGGCUUUCUACCAAGCAUAUGUGGAGGGCUCUGGCAGACGCAAGGCAAAAGCAUCAGACCUCCUCUUGGGAUUGGGAGAGACUCUGGGUCUUGGGGAGCGUCACUCCAACCCCGAGAUGGUGCAAGAAGCCCUCAGACAUCAUGCUGUCCCAGAGGAAUCCUACAAGUGGUACAUCAACAUGCGGCAGGUCAUUCCUCUACUCACCAGUGGGUGGGGCAUGGGCACAGAGCGCUAUUUGUGUUGGCUGCUUCAGCAUAAUGACAUCAGAGACCUACAUAUUAUACCCCGUAUGAAGGCCAGGAAAUACAUGCCUUGAAAUAUCCCUAACCCAUUAGUUACUCAAAGACUGAUGAAAAAGUUCCCCUAACUGUCAGCUCUUUCAUUGAAUGUCGUAAGGGAUGCAUAGAAAGCGAGACAACAUAUCUAUAAAACUCUGAAAGUAUACUAUAACAUUAGGAACAAGAGAUGAGUUGCAGUUAUGAGAGAGCAGUGAUUGUGUGUUGAAAAUGUGCUGAUUGUGUAGAUGAGGAAGGGCAACAAAUAGGAGGUAUUUCCUAUCAUAUACAGUACCAGUCAAAAGUUUGGACACACCUACUCAUUCAACGGUUUUUCUUUAUUUUUACUAUUUUCUACAUUGUAGAAUAAUAGUGAAGACAUUAAAACUAUGAAAUAACACAUAUGGAAUCAUGUAGUAACCAAACGUGUGUAACGGCCGUCGUAGUAAUGAAACUAAGGUGCAGCGGAGGAUGUGUGUUCAUCUUGAAAUUUAAUUGAAAAAGAGAACACUACAAAAAUAAACAAAAGACGACAGCAAAACAGUCCUGUCAGGAUUAACUCUACACAGAAAACAAUCAUCCACAAACCCUAAAGGAAAAACAGGCUGCCUAUGUAUGACUCCCAAUCAGCAACAACGAACUACAGCUGUUCCUGAUUGGGAGCCACACACGGCCAACCAAAGAAACAAACCAACAUAGAAAAAUAAACAUAGAACGCCCACCCAUGUAACACCCUGGCCUAACCAAAAUAGAUAACAAAAAAACCCUCUCUAUGGCCAGGGCGUUACAGUGCCCCCCCAAAGGUGCGGACUCCGGCCGGGCGCAGGCACAGGACUCACUAGGCUGGGGAGACCCACAGGAGGCCUGGUCCUGGGAGGAGGCACAGGAUAGACCAGGCUGGAGAGACCCACUGGAGGCCUGGUCCGAGGAGGAGGCACAGGAUAAACCGGGCUGUGGGGGAGCACUGGAGUUCUGGUGCGUAGGCUUGCCACCCAAACUCCAGGCUGAAUGCCCACCUUUGCCCGGCACGGGCGAAGCGCAGGCAUAGGCCGAACUGAGCCCUCCCAGCACCCCGGAGACACAGUACGCAGCACCGGUGCAGGAUAGCCUGGACCGAGACAGCGCACCGGAGACCAGAUGCGCUGAGCUGGCACAUUCCGACCUGCCUCGAUGCCCACUCUCGCAUGGCACUUGCGGGGGGCUGGCAUGUAGCGUUCCGGGCUAUAAACGCGUACUGGGGACACCGUGCGCUUUACUGUAUAACACGGUGCCUGACCAGUACUGCGCUGCCUCCUGUAAGCAGGUCUCCAACCUGACUCUGCCACACUGUGCACGGGCUGCCUCUCGUGCCUGUUGCGCUCCCUUGCCUCAUACCAGCGCCUCUCAGCUAUCGCCGCCUCGAUCUCCCACUGCGGGCGGCGAUACUCCCCAGCUUGAGCCCAUGGUCCUUUACCGUCCAGUAGUUCCUCCCAUCUCCACGAGUCCAUACUGCCCCUCUCCUGGUGCUUCUCCUUCCUCCGUUGCUUGGUCCGUUUCUUGGUGGGUGAUUCUGUAAUGGCCGUCGUAGUAAUGAAACCAGGGUGAAGCGGAGGAUGUAACAGGUGUGCCUUGUUAAAAGUACAUUUGUGGAAUUUCUUUCCUUCUUAAUGCAUUUGAGACAAUCAGUUGUGUUGUGACAAGAUAGGAGUGGUAUACAGAAGAUAGCCCUAUUUGGUAAAAGACCAAGUCCAUAUUAUGGUAAGAACAGCUCAAAUAAGCAAAGAAAAACGACAUUCCAUCAUUACUUUAAGACAUGAAGGUCAGUCAAUAAGGAACAUUUGAAGAAAUUUGAAAGUUUCUUCAAGUGCAGUCGCAAAAACCAUCAAGCGCUAUGAUGAAACUGGCUCUCAUGAGGACUGCCACAGGAAAUUAAGACCCAGAGUUUGUCACUCCCUGAUCUGUUUCACCUGUUCCUGUGAUUGACUCCACCCCCUCCAGGUGUCGCUUAUUUUCCCCAGUGUAUUUAUACCUGUGUUUCCUGUCUCUCUGUGCCAGUUCGUCUUGUAUGUUAGUCAAGUCAACCAGCAUGUUUUUCCUGCCUGCCCUUGAUUCUGCCUGCCCUUGAUUCUGCCUGCCCUUCGGUACCUUUUGGACUCUGAACUGGUUUUGACCCUUUUGCCUGUCCACAACCAUUCUCUUGCCUUACCGUAUUGGAUUAAAUAAUAUUGUAAGACUCCAACCAUCUGCCUCCUGUGUCUGCAUCUGGGUCUCACCUUGUGUCAUGAUAGAGUUACCUCUGCUGCAGAGGACAAGUUCAUUAGAGUUACAAGCCUCAGAAAUUUCAUCCCAGAUAAAUGCUUCAGUGUUCAAGUAACAGACACAUCUCAACAUCAACUGUUCAGAAGAGAAUGUGUGAACCAGGCCUUCAUGGUUGAAUUGCUGCAAAGAAACUACUACUAAAGGACACCAAUAAGAAGAAGAGACUUGCUUGGGCCAAGAAACACAAGCAAUGGACAUUACACCGGUGGAAAUCUGUCCUUGGUCUGAUGAGUCCAAAUUGGAGAUUUUUG